CGAGAGACAGAGUUUAGGUGGGCAUCCUUUAGAGCGAGCUAAUAGAGGUGGAAGGUUGUCAUUGUUUUACCCCAUCUGUUUUUCUUCUCCUCGAUCUACUAGGUAUAUAAAGAUGAAUGUUUGGAUACUGUUGUCACUGCAAGUGAUCCUGAUUUCUAUAUGUACUGGAAUUAAACCAGACGACAGACCAACACUUCCGAAACUUCUCAAGUUUAAACUGCCUGACAAGAAAACGAACAUUAUCACACGAGUUGCCAGUGACUACACACUAUUUGGGACACUGUUAUUGAACGACGAAGAUGGGACAAUAGUCGAGAUUAUUAAGCAAUCGAAAAUGCACGAUUCCGUAGAGAUUACCAUGGAGAUAUUCAGACAAUGGUUGAGGUUGUACAGUGCUGAUUCCGCGCCGUCUUGGCAAAUGUUGGUACACGUUUUACGACAAUGUAAUCUGAACACUGUUGCUAACGACAUAGAGUCGAUGUACGGCGUGGUGAAUGACGAAGACAUACAAACAAAAAAACCGACUUCAUUAACUAAUAAUGAGCUCUCUACAAAUCCAAGUGAACUGCACCCAAUAUACUCGUUCAAGGAGCUGAACAAAGCAGUAUCUGAAAUCGGCAACUGGUAUGGACUUUGCAGCAAUCUAGACGUGGAACGUGGCCUGUUGUCAGAGUUACAGCAUUCAAACGAACACAUCUCGAUCAAGAAGACACAGUGUUUGGAGGCUUAUUAUGACCAAGGUGAGGCAACGUGGGAGAGACUGAUCACUGCUAUAAAUGACUAUCCCAUUCGAAACAGAAGAGUGGCUAAAGAACUAGCAGACAAACAUGGAAUCGACUUUAAGAAUUUGAUAAAAGAUGAACUAUAAUUUUUAGCAUUCAAUUUUUCUAUUGAUAUAUAUCCCCUAUAAGCAAGUCUGUUUUCAGCA